ACUCUUUUCUUUCUUUUCUCUUGUAGCAUGACAGAAAUACCCCAUUAUUUUUAUGCGUUAUUUAAAUCAGUACAGAGUCUAGAAGACUAUCUAAAAACUAAAUUUGAUUUUUUGUCUCUAACAGACCAAGACGCCUCCCUUAUCUCUGAGCUUUCAAGACAAACGCUGAUCGUUGAUCCUGUCUUUUUAGAGACACCUAUAGACACUUGUCAACUAAACACAGAAUUGAGUGAUAUAGACCAAGUAAAAAAAAAAAAAAAAAAAAAAAAAAAAAAGAAUUGAGAAAAUAUGGCUUACACACAUUAGGUGUUGCAUGAAUUAGUCUUAUUUAUACUUUCUGAUUGGAAUAUACAAAAUGCUUUGGCUACAGGCUAUCGAUUGAGAAACAUGAGAUCCAACUGUACUGUGGAAGCCAAGUUUGAGAAUACACCUGUGCAUGAAAUCAAGUCUGAUCAGGCUUGGAUUGCUUUGUUUCACAGUAUUCAACAUCUCGCUUUUUAUGAUAUUUUUUUAAACCAUGUCAUACUAAAGCGAUUACCCAAUGGGUCUUAUUAUCAGUUAGCAGGGCCACUCUUGUUUGGAAAACACAAUCGAAAAGAAGGCCAGGCUGUACCUACAAAAAAGAAAAGAAAACUGAACGAUUAUUUCUCUACUUUUUUAUCAGAUAUUGGUUCAAAUGCAAGCCAUUUGUCUCAUUAUUUAGAUAGCUUAUUGUAUUCAAAAAAGAGGCCUUUAGAAUUGCCUAAAUUAUCAAGACGCCAAAGGCGAAAACUCAAAAGCAACAAACGUUCAGAACCAGCAAAACAAAAAAGACCAGUAGAAACCAUUGAUCGCGCAAGCUUGUUUUAUUGUGCUAAUUAUGUGAUUCCCAAUACAGAUAAAGUCAUGAUGCGAUUACCUAAAGAUCAUAUCUUGCAAAAAUUAACGGCUGAGCGAUAUGAUUUUAUUGAAUAUUGUCUAUCCAAAUUGUUUCCAAAAGAAUUUACCAAAGAACCAAAGCGGGUAUACCUGUCAAAAGAUAAGUUUGGAUGAUGAUACUAAUGAUAAGCGUCUAGAUCAAGUUUUUAAAGCGAUUCCAUGGCUUGAAAAAGAUAAUGCAAAGUAUCUUUGAAAGACAUAAUGCCAUUUAUUUUGAACAUGUAUUG